AUGGUUCACCGGGAAGACCUAUUUAUCGUCACAAAAGUGUGGAAUAAUUUUCAUAGCAGGGAACGGGUGGUCGAAAGUAUAUCGCUACAGCCUACUGGCGUAAGGGAUGGCGAUGGUUUACACCCGACCUACCCAAAUGGAUCGGUUAUACCCAGGACCUGGGACAGGGAUGUGACAUAUUUGGAGGCAUAUAAGGGACUGAAAGAUACACACAAUGCCGGUUUGGUUAAGUCGAUAGGAGUUUCCAAUUUUAAUGAACACCAAUUGACUGAACUUAUAAAACAUUCACAAAUUAAGCCUGCUGUUAAUCAGAUCGAGGUGCAUCCACAUUUUAAUCAACAGAAACUAAUUGACUUUUGUCGCGGUAAUAACAUUACAGUCACGGCUUAUAUGCCUUUAGCACACGGUAGAGCACUAGUAGGUGAGCCGGUACUUAAUGCAAUUGCUGACAAGUAUCGGAAAAGUGUGGCACAGGUAGUCCUAAGGUGGCAUUUACAGAGGGGACUCGUAGCUAUACCUAAAAGUGGACAAAGUCAACAUAUUGAUAAAAAUUUUGAUGUAUUCAAUUUUGAGUUAAAUGACCAGGAUAUGUCGAAUACUAAUGCCAUUGCUCAGAAACCCAGGAUCAAUCAAAUUCCACCUUAUCGUAAUCACCCUGAUUAUCCAUGUUCAGAAUUAAUGGAAAGCAAAAUAUAG